ACACUACAUAUUUUGUUGCAUAUUUUUUGUUGGCCGUGCACUCCAGUCAAAAUUUAAAGCGGAAUUUAGCUAUAUAUACGUUCUGAUCUGCACCGCAAACGAGUGCAGCGUGUUGCCACUGGAAUUGCCAAGCCGUAGUUACCCGACUUUCCGGCCGUGGCACAUUACCGUUCGAGAAAUCGGUGUCGAUCGGAUGUCGGAGUGAAGAAGAAUCGAGCGCGAAGCACAUUUUUGCGAGGUCGAGACGACAGCGAUUUGAAAGCGUUAAAAGCACCAGAGAAAUGUUCGAUACGCGGAAAGAUAUUGACGAGCAUGUCCAUAAAAUGCUGGGAAAACUUCCGCCGGGAAGUGAGCGCGACAUCAAGGGGCUGGCGAUAGGCAAAAUGUACUAUAAGAUCCAGGAGUACCCCAGGUGCAUCGAGUAUCUGACCAGCUAUCUCAGGGCCAAAGAUGAAGCGGUGGCUCACAACCUGCUAGCCACUUGCUACAGUAGGCUGAAGACUCCUGAUGUGCAGAAGGCGCUGCAGCACUGGCAGCGCAGCAUGCAGCUCAAUCCCCGGCAGUCAGAGGUGGUUCUGGACGCCUGCGAACUGCUGUUGAACGAGAACACCGCCUUCAACACGGAGCGCGCCAAGUACUGGCUGGAUCUGGCCACUGACCUGGAUUUGGUCGACAAUCAACACGUCUUCGCCGUGCGGAUGCGGCUGAAUCUUCAGGAAAGCAACGGCGGAGGAGAUGGCAGCGUUGAUGGAGACAACGCCAUGGAACUGCUGAUGCACAAGGAGCUGCAGGCGCGGCCCCAGGAUGUUAAUCUUCGCGUGCGUCUGCUGCGAAGCUAUGUGGAGAAGAAGAAGCUGGAUCAGGCCUUCAGCUACGCUUUAAAAACCGAGCUGGAGUCAAAGGGCAUCACGAGUCAGUCGAGCGAUUGGUAUGACAUGAUCUGGGUGCUCCUCGGGAAGAUGGAGUCGGCCAAUGACGUGAAGAAGAACUGGCGCUUCUGGCAGUUGGCGCUCCACGCCCUCGAUCGCCUCAUGCAACUGAGCCUGGAGACGGGAAGCGGACUGGCGGACAGCAGCAGUCAGCUAUUUCGCCUCGAUCAAUACCUGCACAAGUUUAGCAACGCGAUAGAGCGUGCGGGCGAUGCCCCGCAGAGGGAACUCCACCAAUCCUGUGCCGAUCACUAUACCGGGCAGCUGCUACUCCACGCGGUGGCGCUGAUCUUCAAACGUGAGCUGCUGGGUAACAAGAAUAAGUGGAUGAACGCGCUGAAAUCCGUACUGCCGGUUUUGCUCCUUGGCUACCAGGUGCGACCGCUCGAAGAGUCCCAUGUCCACCACUGGAUGAAACACUGCGAUGCAGAGCAGAAGCAGCUGAUGCAACUGUGGCGCCAGCAGGGCGCCUUCCGCUGCGCCCAGCUUGGACGCACCCUUUUCGGUUGCCUGGACCGAUCGCGAACGGAUGACAACCAGAAGGAGAACAGCAACCUCAAUGAGAACAAAGUUCCCGCCCAAACUUUGCCCGGAUUAUUUGCCGACUCCGAAGAACUACUGUCUAGCGCUCACCAGCAGUGCCUCGACAAGAACUGGCGACGUCAGCUUUACCAACAGCUCUUUACCCACGCCGAACACAAGCUGAAAGAUCAGUCCUCGCAUCUGGUGCGUAACCCGCGUCUGCAGCAGCCUCUUUUCGAGUGGCCCAGUCUGGCGGAGAUCGAGACCUGCGAGCUGCUAGCGUUAUCGUUACCGCCGCACUCCUUGGCCCAACACGUCUACUUGGCGCUGGGCACCGAGCCCGACCGUCUUGGAACUGCGCCACGCGUGGCUUUCUAUGAAGGUUUUCGGCGGGAUGUGAAGCAGAACCUUAACUACUGCGGCCACGAUUCCAUCAGCCAGGUCGAUGUCGACCUCUACCUCUACGCAACAGUUAUUCAGACCCAGCGGCGAUUUCAGCUCCAGAGGGAAGCGUACAACACCUCCAACUUGGGUAACCGCAAUGCCGCUAACCGGCCGCAUAUGAUGCCAUUUGCCAAUCUUCUGAGCCAACUAGCAUCUUCGGAGCAAACGAACUGGUGGGAUUUGGUGCUGCGGCUGCACUCAAACCAGCUGGCCACUGAAGGUAAUCGCACCGAGCAAAGAGCUCAACUGCAGGUCGGAUUGGAGGCGGUGCGGGGGGUGAAUGGACCCAAAGCAGAUGCAAUCAUCAUUUUCCAGCUGGGAAAAAUCCUGCAGGAGCGCUCAGAACUUGCUUUGGAGGCACGCAUCGAUACUCUCUACAGGCAAGGAUUUACAAUGCUGCGUCGCCAGCACACGCAGCAGUCGGACGCCUUUGUCCGGAUUUUUAAGUACGGAUCUGCCACCUCAACGGCCGCCUGGAAGGAUCUUCAAGCACUGGCUGAGCACGCCGUCUCCUAUUUCAGCUCGAAGAUGUUUAAGGCGUAUCAGUAUGAGCAGUUUGUGGAAGAGGUCAGAGGACUUGAUCUGCCCAUGGCAUACUUCAUGCAAUCGGAGGCGUACCGUCAACUUGAGGAGUCCGCAAAGACACCCCGAGUUUCCCGCGCUCGUUUCUCGGAGCGGAGGAAGGAGUGCCUGCAGCAGACGCAGCAGCUGCUCCAAACUGAUGUCAAGCACCCACUACACAACCAUAUUCAACGCGAGCUUCGACGUUACCAACAAAAUCGCAGUAGCCACGGUCUCGAAGAUAGCUUCGGUAGCCCGGAUGCGCACAACAAUUCAUCCACUUAUGAGGAUGCUGAAGACGACUUCUAUUUGGGUGCAGCCUUGUCUGCCAAUCGAUCACGUCGUCAGGUGGAACCCGCUUCAGUGACACCCAUUGUUUUGGCAGCACCACCAAAUCAGGAGAUGGAACAGACUGUCAAGCAAAUCAGCAAGUCUCUGUGUGUGCUCAAGGACGAUGUGAGUUUGGGAAUGGAAGCCAUGCGCCAGGAAAUCAAGACCCUUACAGAGAAGUUCACUGGACUCGAGGAGCUGCUCAAGAAGAUCAAGAUCAGCAGUCGAGACACGCCGACACGGGAUGUGGAUCCAGCAGCUGCAUUGGGAUUGGACGACUUGUUUAUCAUUGAAGAUGCGCUUGCGGAACAUCAUCAGCAGCAACAACAACAGCAAAACCAAGCUGCAGUGCAUCAGGUGGUUCCUAACCCGUAUGGUGGGCCCACUCCUAGUUUCCACAACGGUGUUCCAAACACGCCGGCCGGACAGGAUCGUUUUCUGCCGGCACCCUACGGGAGUCCCAUGUUUAACCAAAACCAGAUGUACAACUAUUACGCUGCUCAGGCCCAAGCUCAAGCGCAAUCCCAGUUCUUACGGACUCUACCAGCUCCAGGGGCGAUUGCGCCCCCCAAUAUAUUUGGUCCUAGGAAUCAAAACUUUGGACUGCCCGGUAUGUUUCCACCGCCGACCGGGGCAUCGGUAGCACCUUACAUCGACGCCAUGGGCAACUUUACCCAGCCUCCUCCCAGUCUGAUACCGCCACCCGCCCAGCCAGCUCCAGCUACGGCUCCUCUUAAUCUGCUUGAGUCGAAGCCACCGGCUGCACUGCCCACUCCGGGUUUCUUCAACACGCCAACGCCGGGCUUUGGCGCUUCGCCUAUUCAGGUUCCGCCAAUUCCUGGGGCUGCCCCUGCCCCAGGACCGCUUCCUCCAUCUGUGAAUCCUGUACCAGUACCAGCUGCUGUUCCCGCUCCUAUUCACGUACCCCAAGUGGCUCCUUCUGUGCCCGCUCCCGCUCCUGCUAGUGUUCCAGCAUUGUUUAACCGGGCGUUGAACAACCAACCCGUGGAAAAGGAACCGCCGGCCAAUGUUGUCAUUACCAGCUCAGAUCCGUUGCCAAAGCCAACAAGUGCCAGUGUCCAGCCCACUUUGAGUGUAACCAUUCCUGCACAGCAUAUCAAGCCCAGUUUGGUGCAGGCCCCGGAACCACAGGCACAGCCACCGGUUCCAGCAACGGCAGCCUUCAGCUUUAACUUCGGCACAAAGACCUCCGAAAGUCCUUUCUCCUUCAAGUCCCAGGUGGCUAAAGCAGCAGCCGAAAAGCAGAAGGAACAGGAGGCCGAGCUAAACCAAAGUGGAGCUAGUGAGACCAACAAGAGUGUUCCAGCAGAUACCUCAGCAGACGAUUACGAUCCUCGUCCAGACUUCCAGCCCAUCAUCCCACUUCCCGAUGAAGUGGAGGUUCGCACCGGUGAGGAGGACGAGGAGGUCAAGUUUAGCGACCGAUCCAAGCUCUUCCGGUUCGCAGACAAGGAGUGGAAGGAGCGCGGCACUGGGGUAAUAAAGAUUUUGUGCGACAAAACCACCGGCGUAUCUCGGGUUCUAAUGCGACGCGAUCAGACCCACAAGGUGUGUGCCAAUCACAAGAUCACUGCGGACAUGAAUCUGGUUAUUCAUAACCAGGACAAGGAUAAGAAAUCGUUCUUAUGGGGAGCAAAUGACUUUGCGGAUGAGCAGGUUACGCUGGAGAAAUUCUUGGUACGCUUUAAAACAGCGGAAACAGCUGAGCAGUUCAGGGUCGCCUUUACAAACGCGAGCCAGCCGGCCAAGCCAGAGAAGCCAGCGAAACCGGCGGAGAAAACAGCAGAUCUUCCCAAGACCAACAAGGAAGCAGCUGCAACUGCUUCUGCUGCGUUCACUGCUCCCAAAACCUUUUUGACCAGUACGCCAGCUCCCAAUUCUCUUUUCGGUAAGCCACAGGAGCAGACGAAAGCUACUCAAUCUGAUCCAGCUCCAGCGGCUCAAGCAACAGUGGCCAAGUCUCUGUUUGGAACUAUCUCAGCGGUCAGUGCUGCACCUGUAACAUCUGCGUCCUCGGCUUCCGCGGCAUUUGCCAACUUUAGCUUCACGGGGAAUGGAACCGCAUCAGGAUUCGGCACUGCAGGCACUGGCUCUCCCUUCAAAAACCUCUCCUUUGGCAGCACAUCUGCAGUGGGUGGUAGCAACACCACGCUCUUUACCACGGCUUUGAUCAAGGACAACACAGUGCAGAGUCAGACCCCACAACAACAGCAACUAAACAAGUCAACUGCCUCAGACGCCGAAGAAGAGUACGUGCCCACGGCCCAGUUUACGCCGGUUAUCGCCCUUCCCGACCUUGUGGAAGUGGUCACCGGGGAAGAGAACGAGGAUGUGCUUUUCGAGCACCGGGCCAAGCUUCUGCGGUGGGAUAGGGAGGCUAAUGAGUGGAAGGAGCGCGGGCUUGGAAAUAUGAAGCUCCUGCGUGAUCGUUCCAAUCCCAACCUGGUGCGCCUGCUGAUGCGUCGCGAGCAGGUCCAUAAACUAUGCUGCAAUCAGCGUGUGUUGCCCGAGAUCAAGUUCUCACCCUCAACGAACAUUAAGGCGGCGGUCACCUGGGCGGGUCACGAUUAUUCCGAUGAGGAGUUGACCACCGCAUUGCUAGCUGUGCGAUUUAAGUCGCUCGAUGUCUGCCAGGACUUCCUUGAUGCUGUGCAGAAGGCUCAAGAGAGCAUUGGAAAGGAACUAAAAGAGGCCGAUUCUGUUAGCGCUACGGAAAAGAAGGAAGAAGAGAAGCCAGUAAAGGGCUUUGGGGAUGCCUUUAAGCCCAAGGCAGGCAGCUGGAAUUGCCAGGCAUGUUACACAAGCAAUGGCCAGGACCAGCUUUACUGCCUGGCCUGCCAGGAGCCCAAAGAUGCCACUGUGCCGCCCAAGCAAUCGGGGCUGGACCAAGGCAAUGCUUUAAACCUUACUACUAGCGGCUCCUCUAGCAAGUUCUCAUUCGGCUUUGCACCAGCUGCUCUUUCCUCCACUGGUGGGUUUAGCUUCGGAGCUGCACAGCCCAAGGAGAAACCAGUGGUGGCAGCUGUGACCAGCACGGCUUCGGCUCCUGCUUCAGUUCCGUCGACUCAGGCUACAGCUCUUGAAUUUGGAAAGACGUCCACCACUUCCGGAUUCGGGGACGCCUUCAAACCCAAAGUCGGCAGUUGGUCGUGCUCCGCUUGCUAUGUCAACAAUCCGGGAGAGUCCCUUUACUGCUCAGCCUGUGAAACACCCAAGGAUGAUACUGUGCCAAAGAAGGAGAAUACACUAGGAUCGGGACUUACUCUCCCCGUCACCACCCAGUUUAGCUUUGGUUUUGGAGCUGCUGCAACUAGUAGCAAGGAUCAGGCUGCCGAGGUGACCAGCAAGAGCAGCAAUGUGUUUGGAUCCGCCACCUUCAACUUUGCGGCUCCAGCAAUGCCGACACCUGUGGCACCGACUACCUCAAUCGGAUCCAGCAGCUUCAGCUUCUCCAUGCCCAAGCCAGCCCAACUGCAGCCGAAAAGUCCAGCCGCUAACGACGGAGAUGAAAACGACUCUCACGAGGAGGAGGAGGAGAACAAUGCAUAUUUUGCGCCAGUGAUUCCAUUGCCUGAUAAGAUCGAUGUGAAAACAGGGGAGGAAGACGAGGAGCUGCUGUACGUGCACAAGGCCAAACUGUACCGACUCACCGAAGGCGAGUGGAAGGAGCGCGGCUUGGGCGAUGUGAAGAUACUGCGCCACAAACAGACCAAGAAGUUGCGCGUGGUAAUGCGACGGGAACAGGUGUACAAGAUUUGCCUCAACCACGUGCUGAACUCGAAUGUGGUGUACAGAGAAAAGACCGAGACAUCGUGGAUGUUUGCUGUGCACGAUUUCAGCGAGGGAGAGAGUGUUCUGGAGCGCUUCACUCUGCGCUUUAAGAACAAGGAGGUGGCCCAAGGCUUUUACGAUGCAGUUAAAAAUGCGCUAGAUGGCACCGCUAAGGCAAUAGAAGAUAAUACCGAUUCAAAGGCCACCCCCGCCCUAUCUUCUCCUUCUACGGGAGCAAGUGAGUCGAAGAGUUCGUCAGAUAAUUUGCUCCACGACCAUGUAGGUCAGGGCAGCUGCAUAGGCUGCGAUGGAGACAAGUUCGCAUUCCGUAAAACGUCGUCUGUAAGCUCCACCACCUACGAAGUAAACCCUCCCCUACCCAUGACCCUGCCUAUCCUGACUCUCCCGCAGCCUAUUACCAAAUCAAAUGCUUCCUCAUCCUCCGCCACCUCAAUAUUCAAAGCCAGUUCGCUGGGUACAACCAACUCUACGUUUUCCGGCUUCGGUAAUUUAUCCGUAUCUGAGGAAAGCAAAGCGCCCAGUUCAACAUUCGUCUUCGGUAGCACGGAUAAAUCAGAGUCUGCUAAACCGGCCGAUCCCUUAGCCAUACUACAAAAAUCUAUCGGCGGAGGUCAAGGCAACGUUCUGGGUUCUAUUUUCGGAAGUGGCUUGUCAAACCAAAAUUCCUCUGAGGAUUCCGCCAACCAUUUUGGAGGUGGGGCCAAAACGGCUGAGCAACAGAAGAAUGGCUCGCCAAAGUCCCAAGAGGAACCUAAAUCCAUCUUCGGAGGCACCAAAGUGGAGUCCCAAGAUGCACCCAAGUCCAUCUUUGGUGGCAGUGGCAUAGCUGCCCCCACUUUCGGAGGCUUUAAUCCUUUCGGGGGCGCUUCAGAUGGUAAAGACGCACCGAAGUCUAUCUUUGGCGGCACCCCAUCUAUUUUUGGCGGCCCUAAGGUCGAGACCCAGUCACCCGCCAGCCAAGAAGCACCCAAGCCCCAGUUCGGUAACUCCAACAUGUUUGGAGGCUCAUCAUCUGGCGGCUUUUUGUUUGGCAGUGGUAGCGGUAGUGCGAACAUCUUCGGACAAAAGGAGCCCGCCGUCUCUUUCACAGAUAUUGGCAAACAGGCAGCCCCGGAAAAGGAGAAGGAAAAGGAUAAAACCGCGGGAGAAGACACCAUGGACAAGAAGGAAACUACACCAGCAGCACAGCAGGCGGCCAGCACGUUUGCCGAUUUGGCGAAUAAGACUGGCAACACAUUCGCCGAUUUGGCAAGCAAACCGGGCGGCACAUUCGCAGAUUUAGCCAACAAGGCGAGCGGAAAUGAUUUUGCCAACCUUUCGGCCAAUAGCCAAGGCAACGCCACGGGAUUCAACAAAUCGGCGGGAAGCGGCGGAUUCUACAACUUGACGCACCAGAACGCUUUCAAGAACUUUCAGUCCCCGCAGCCGACGGGCAAAAAUGAGUCCGGCGCGGCAGAUGGAGGUGAUGACGAUGGCGACGCCACCAACGAUGACAACUACGAUCCGCACUACGAUCCCAUUGUGGAGCUGCCGGACGAGAUUGUGGUGACCACUGGAGAGGAGAACGAGACUAAGCUGUAUGGCGAGAGGGCGAAGCUCUAUCGUUAUGAUCCCGAGUCGAAACAGUGGAAAGAGCGAGGCGUCGGCGAGAUAAAGGUGCUGGAGCACCCGCAGCUGCAGACAUUCCGACUGGUCAUGCGGCAGGAGCAGAUCCACAAGCUGGUGCUGAACAUGAGUAUCUCCGCCUCCCUGCAGAUGGACUACAUGAACGAGCAGAAGAAGAGCUUCCUGUGGGCCGGCUAUAAUUACGCGGUGGACGCAGAGGGCAAGGUGGCCACCGAGGGCGCGCUGGAACGCCUGGCCUGUCGAUUCGGCAAGCAGGACAUCGCCGACGAGUUCCUCAAGACGGUCAACUCUUGCAUAGAACGUGCCAAGGCCCUGCAGGGCGACCAGGAGGACGACGAGAGCGACGCGGCGGAGGAGCAGGACAGCUCUUAAGGAAACCGGAACUAAAUAUAUGUAGCAUGCUUACAACUGAGUUUAUAAGAUAGUCUUUCGAAAAAGUAUCGGAAAUUGUUGAAAAAGCACACUUUUCCUCAUAAUAAAACUUGCAUAAAUAAUUAGAUUAAUAUUUAAA